AUGCUUGCCUACCGACUACGCAACCAGUCAUUCAUGCAGCAGAGCCUCAAUUCGACACCAGCUCACAUGAAUCCUUCCGCAGCUCUGUCACCUGCUUCCAUCUCCGACGACGACUUUCUGCCUCGGCGCGACUUCUCCUGUCAUGACGAUUCCAUGGCCAUGGAAAUUGAUGACGCCGAGGACGACCUGACAAUACCUACUAUCCCCAAUCGUAAUCAACGUCGAGGGUGUCGGAAAGGCUUAGGAAUUAUUGUUCCCAGUCCACCGUCGGAAUCCCCCGGUUUUAUUCAACCUUCACCUACCGCCAUCAAUCCUCCCGCAGAUGUCAAGGCUCAAGCUCAGAGUACUAACCCAACAUUGUAUGGGCCAUCUCUGGAUCUGGUCUGCCCUGAGCUAGAAGUGGAUGAGGGUUAUUGCGAAGAAGAAGAUGACUUCUCUUGGCUCGAGCCAAUUGUUCACGUCAGAGAUGUUUCCCCAAACGACACCAGUUCGCCAGCCGGUAUUAGGAAACGAUAUGGGCUUCGAUAUAGGUCGUCUACUGAGGCUGCAACUCGGUGCAGCAAUGCCGUUCACAGCGUCCCCCGAAUGCGACGACGCGACAAAAGGCGUCGCCAGCAAUCAAGGGUGUCUGACGUAUCUACCGGCGAACGUGCAGUCAACGUAACUUGA